GUUUAGCUGACCUGGCAAGUAGUCCGCAGCUUUUUGCGCAAUGACUGCCGGCCUUCAUGUACGUUCCUCACCAGCCUUGACAGGCCAGGUAGGAGCAUGUAUUUGUCACCUUGGAAGAAAAACCAUGCAGCAGACACCUCAUAGACUUAUGCAUCUUUUUAAAAAUGGUAGUAAACAGUGGAUUACAUUUCAACAUCUUAAUUUCCUCAAGCACAUGUGUGUAAUGAAGUUGAACAGAAACCUCAAUCAGCAAGUAAAACCCAAGCCAGAGUCAAGUGCAUCUUUGUUCCUUGAGAAAACAUCUUCAAGUCAAGCCAAAACAGUUGUUCAUAAAAUCAGACCAAUUUCACUCCCUAAUUUGCCUUUGUCUACAAUUCCAAAUCAGAAGGAGUUGAAAGAGUUAGAAACUACGUCAAUAGUUGAAAGCCUAGGAGGAAUGGGGCCAGAAUCCAAAGAUGAAAAGCAAUGGAAAGAGAUGAAACUACAUUUGGAUGACUUACCAGGAAUUUUAGCUCGGCUGUCCAAAAUCAAACUUACAGCUCUAGUUGUGAGUACAGCUUCAGCUGGAUUUGUUCUGGCUCCAGUACCUUUUGAUUUACAAUGUUUCCUGCUUGCCUCUGUUGGAACAGGCCUUGCAUCUUGUGCAGCAAACUCCAUUAAUCAGUUCUUUGAGGUUCCAUUUGAUUCAAAUAUGAACAGAACCAAGAACAGACCUCUGGUUCGAGGACAGAUCAGUCCUCUGUUGGCUGUAUCUUUUGCUACUUGCUGUGCUGUUCCAGGAAUCGCACUUUUGACUUGGGGAGUCAAUCCACUCACAGGAGUUCUGGGUGCUUUCAAUAUUUUCUUGUACACCUGCUGUUAUACACCUAUGAAAAGGAUUAGUAUUGCCAACACAUGGGUGGGAGCCGUUGUUGGAGCCAUCCCACCAGUCAUGGGCUGGACUGCAGCUACAGGUAGCCUUGAUGCUGGAGCAUUACUACUUGGUGGAAUCCUCUACUCCUGGCAGUUUCCUCAUUUCAAUGCUCUAAGUUGGAACCUUCGAGAAGAUUAUUCCCGGGGAGGCUACUGUAUGAUGUCUGUCACUCAUCCUGCUAUGUGCAAACGAGUGGCCUUACGCUACUGCCUGGCUUUAUUUGGACUGUCAGUGAUGGCCCCCAUGUUAAAAGUCACCACAUGGACCUUUCCCAUCAUCUCCUUCCCAAUCAACUUAUAUAUUUCUUACCUUGGUUUUCGGUUCUACAAGGAUUCAGACCGCGUCAGCUCUAGGAAACUGUUUUUCUGUAGCCUCUGGCAUUUACCAUUACUCUUGCUCCUUAUGCUCACCUGUAAGCAAUCAUUUGUUGGGGGGAAAUGAGAAAUGGGAACUUAAGAACUGAAAUCAAAUAACUUGGCUAGAAAAUGCAUUUUUGCAGUCAGUCAAUAUUCAGUAACAAAGUAUAGUUGAUAUUAAAAAUAAUCUUCAGUGCUUAUAAAUGAUGCCAUAGGAAUAUAUACAUGUCUUUGUACAUAUUUUCAUAUAUACAUAUGUCUUGAAAACUAUUUUGCUCUCUUUUUUUCAUUUUGCAUUAUUUCAAGAUAUUUCUGUAUAUGUGGUAUACAGGCUUUAUAAAUACAUUGUGGAGAUAGUAAUCAAAAAAUUUCCUUUGGGGAAUUGUUCAGAUUAAAGAUUUUGUAUUUUAAAA